AUGGCUGCAGCUCUGUAUGAUUUCAAGUCUUCUGAACCGGCUGAUUUGGCCUUCGAAACUGGAGAUAUUUUGCUGUUAGAAGACAAUGAAAAUCAAGCCUGGAAUCUCGCAUUUAAUCCCCGAACUUUGAGGACUGGAAAUAUACCAAUGAAUUAUGUGGCAACUGAGAGUGAUUCCAUCGCAUGUCAAGCGUGGUACAACAUAAACCGAACUGAAGCCGAGAGGAAACUCUUUAUUCCCGGUGUUGAGAAUGGAAUGUUUAUACUUCGCCCCUCUUCAGCAACUCCACUGGAUAGGGUUGGUGGUUGCUUACUGAUGCCCCGGCCAAAAGUGGUCCCACCUCCUUUCAAUUUUGAAGCGUACGAGAUUGAUCGGUCCAUCGUGAAGCUAACAAAUCAACUCGGCAAAGGCAAUUUUGGGGAAGUCUGGUUAGCUAAAAUGCAGACUGUAACCGUUGCGGUGAAGACGUGCCUCCCAACUGCAACCAGAGAAGACUUUGUGAACGAGGCACAAACCAUGUUCAUUCUGAACCACCCGCGACUAGUUCGUUUCCUGGGCUAUUGCAACAAACCUGCAGAUGAACCAUUUUAUCUUAUCACGGAAUACAUGGAAAAGGGAUCGCUGAGAGAUUUUCUUAUAAACAACCGACCCCAUAUUAACUAUGAGAAAUGUCUUCAAAUUAUUCACCAGGUAUGUUUUUAUUCCUCAUAG